AGGCUUUUUCCCCCCCCCCAGCUCAGUCUUUUUCAAAUGUUCUCUCUUCCCGCCGGAAUAAUGCUGUCAGUGGAUAUAUGUUUCAAGUUUUCGGAUUUCGAAACGCGUCUACUGAAACGGAUUAAGAAGAUCGAGAGGCCGACGUUUUAACAGAGUUGGGAAUAAUUAGGCGGCGCCGCUCUAACUCAGUUGUCCGUGUCUCUGGUCCACCGGGCCGGUUCACUGCGCAGGUUUGGACCGCGCGCCAUUUUGUGAAAAUUGACACAAAAUUCCUGACCAAAAAUUAUAAGAGGACGCUGCUUCUGUUUGGUGACUAGGAUGCUCUGGAUGUAACCGCGUUGUCGCGCCCGUCGAAGAGACCGACGCAUUAUCUGCAAAGACGGCGUUAAAUCAGAAUUUGGCGUAACGUUUAUUUAGCGGCAGCUACAGUCGUUAGCUUCAGGCUAGUAGUCAGGGCAAGCGGCUAACGUUAGCUGCGUUCAUUUUGUCAGCUAGCGCUAGUUAGCAUGUUGCUUGUCAUCAGCUGAUAAAAACAUUUGAUAAAUUUGCUUCGAUUGUGGAUGUUGGUCAUCAAAGCCUUGGACAUGAAGCGCUCACAGGAUAUGACUGACGAGUUUUUUUAAGAGUUUUUUUGCCGGCCAGAGGACGGGGGAUUGGAUUUACUCGCUAACCCGUACAGGGAGGGGAGAAUCUCGAACUGGAUAAGUUUCCUCAUCAUACAGUUUAUUGGACUUUAAAUGAAGAUCGUGCCAUCAGAGGAGGAGAGACUUAAGCAUGCAAACCUUCGUCCGUCCGGCUUGCGCCCUCUUUUUCUUUACACACUGCUGGUCUUCAGAUGGCUGCUCCAAUGCCCCAUACGCACCAGCAGUACAGUGACCGCCACCAGCCAAGCACUGACCAAUCUGUUACGGUCUUACCGUACAGCGACCAGACACCACAGCUCACUGCCAAUCAGAGGCACAUGCCCCAGUGCUUUCGUGACCCAACUUCAGCUCCCCUGAGGAAGCUCUCCAUUGACCUUAUCAAAACAUACAAACACAUCAAUGAGGUGUAUUAUGCAAAAAAGAAGAGACGGCACCAACAGGGUCAGGGUGAAGACUCCAGUCACAAAAAGGAGAGGAAAGUCUUUAAUGAUGGCUAUGACGAUGAUAACUACGACUACAUCGUCAAGAAUGGGGAGAAGUGGAUGGACCGUUAUGAGAUUGAUUCCUUGAUAGGAAAAGGGUCAUUCGGACAGGUUGUAAAAGCGUACGACCGAGUAGAGCAAGAAUGGGUCGCCAUUAAGAUCAUCAAGAACAAGAAGGCUUUCCUCAACCAAGCCCAAAUAGAAGUGCGCCUCCUGGAGCUGAUGAACAAACAUGACACGGAGAUGAAAUACUACAUCGUUCACCUAAAGCGACACUUCAUGUUUCGGAACCACCUCUGCCUCGUGUUCGAGAUGCUUUCGUACAACCUCUACGACCUGCUCCGAAACACCAACUUCCGCGGCGUCUCGCUCAACCUCACCCGGAAGUUUGCCCAGCAGCUAUGCACGGCACUACUCUUCCUGGCCACGCCUGAGCUCAGCAUCAUCCACUGUGACCUGAAGCCGGAGAACAUUCUCCUCUGCAACCCCAAGAGGAGCGCCAUCAAAAUAGUGGACUUUGGCAGCUCAUGCCAACUGGGACAAAGGAUUUACCAAUAUAUCCAGAGUCGCUUCUACCGUUCCCCAGAGGUGCUGCUGGGAAUGCCCUACGACUUGGCCAUCGACAUGUGGUCCUUGGGUUGCAUCUUGGUAGAGAUGCAUACUGGAGAACCUCUCUUUAGUGGAGCCAAUGAGGUUGACCAGAUGAACAAAAUAGUCGAGGUUCUUGGCAUCCCACCUAAUCACAUAAUGGACCUAGCCCCCAAAGCCAGGAAGUUCUUUGAGAAGCUUUCAGAUGGUACAUGGAGUGUUAAGAAGACCAAAGAUGGCAAAAGGUAUAAACCUCCAGCUUCGCGGAAGCUCCACUCCAUCCUCGGUGUGGAAACAGGGGGUCCAGGUGGCCGGCGGGCGGGGGAGUCCGGCCACGCUGUUGCUGACUACUUGAAGUUCAAGGACCUGAUUCUUCGGAUGUUGGACUACGACCCCAAGAGUCGCAUCCAGCCCUACUACGCCCUGCAGCACAGCUUCUUCAAGAAGACUGCGGACGAGGGGACCAAUACGAGCAGUAGCGUGUCUACGAGCCCCGCGUUAGAGCAGUCCCAGUCUUCGGGAACCACCUCCAGCACCUCCUCAAGUUCAGGAGGAUCGUCUGGAACUAGUACCAGUGGCAGAGCGAGAUCAGACCCUACCCAUCACCACUUGCACAGUGGAGGACACUUUGGCACGACCAUGCCUGCCAUGGAUGGUGACAGCCUUUGUCCACAGGCAAGACAGCCUUACCCACCCCCACUGGUGUGGGGAGGCGGCGUCGGACCCGAGUCAGUCACUGGAGAAACCCACCCAGUUCAGGAGACCACCUUCCACGUUCCCCCCCAGCACCCGAAGGCCCUGCACCCCCACUCCCACUUCCACCACCACCACGGGCAGAUGAUGGCGACGCGUCCGCGCCCGCGCCACUACACCUCCCCGACACACAGCUCUUCGACGCAGGACUCCAUGGAGGUGGUGCACGGCCACCUGUCCAUGACCUCCCUGUCUUCCUCUGCCUCCUCUUCCUCGACAUCGUCCUCUUCCACUGGGAACCAUGGGAACCAGGCCUACCAGCUCCGCCACUUGCCUGCCGGAGCCCUUGACUUUGGUCAGAACGGUGGGCUGAGCAUGGGGCUAGGUGCCUUCUCGAACCCACGGCAGGAGACUGGAAUGGCAGCGCACCCUGCAUUCUCCAUGGGCACGAACACGGGGCCUGGCCAUUACCUAGCGGAAGGCCACCUGGGCAUGAGGCAGGGCAUGGACCGGGAGGAGUCUCCAAUGACUGGAGUAUGUGUGCAGCAGAGUUCUAUGGCCAGUUCGUGACUGCACUGACAAUUUGGCUGUGUGUUUAUUUUAUUUUAAAAUUUUUUUUCUUUCCUUUC